CAGGACCCUAACACUCCAAACCUCCCAUAUGAUAACGAUAAUCUACAGUUCCUAGUUGUUGUUUAGGUAAGUAUAGGUAAAGUAGUAGGUACUUAAGUUGGAGGCUAGAGGUAGCUUAAAAGAGAAACUGGCCAAUCAUAUUAUGUGUGGUAGCCCAAAUAGAACAUGUCCCCUUCCUUACUUACUAUGUAGUUGACAAGCUGUCCACAAUUUUAUCUAAUCACUUAACCCAGUCCAGAUCAACUGCCUCGGGCAUCGUCGCCGUGUUUGGAUAGCAAGAUGCUUAAUCGCACAUCAAGUUGCCAUGGGUCACAGGGCGUCGCCUCGCCCAGGAUGGCGAUCCCUUCUUAGUCAUCUGGCCGUCAUCAACAUCUACCUCCCUGCGCUGGCGCAGGCAUACGCCCAACUUUCCGACGCCGCUCUUCGAAAUGUUCCCAACGGCGCCGAGGCUCUGAACCCGCACACCGGCUCGCUGCUCUCUCCGAUCCUGGUCCCGCGAGUCCCUGGGACGCCCGGGUCCUUCGCCGUGCAACGUCAUAUCGCCGACUUCUUCGCCCGCGAACUCCCGCUAUGGCGUCUCGAAUGGCAGAACUCGACAUCUCGCACCCCUGCGACGGGGACAACGGACGUCACCUUCUCGAACCUCAUCUUCACGCGCGACCCACCGUGGACUAAGGGGAAUGGGGACGUCGGACGCCUUGCACUCGUCGCGCACUACGACUCCCUCUAUAAACCCGAGGGUUUCAUCGGUGCGACUGACAGCGCCGCACCAUGCGCCAUCCUCAUGCAGGUCGCGCGGGGCAUUGACGCCACCUUGACAAAGAAAUGGGAGGCCAUGGCGGAAUCUGACGACGCGGGGCUGGGACUGGAGGAUGACGAGAAGGGUGUUCAAAUACUAUUUCUCGACGGCGAGGAGGCGUGGGUGACAUGGUCGGACACAGAUUCGCUGUAUGGCGCGAGAUCCCUCGCCGAGAAGUGGGAGGCAGAAAUGUACCCCGCGCAAUCGACAUACGAGUCUCCGCUCAGUGCCAUCAACCUCUUUGUCCUGCUGGAUUUGCUAGGACACGUGGAUCCGCACGUGCCAUCAUAUUUUCCCACCACGCAUUGGGCGUAUCAAGGCAUGGCGAAGAUAGAAACACGAAUGCGAAAUUUGGGUUUAUUAGCUACGCAGCCGCAAAACCCGUUCUUGCCCGAAAGCGACAAAGCAGCUGAACGAUUCAGACGUGGUGGCUAUAUCGCAGAUGACCACGUCCCAUUCAUGGCACGCGGUGUGCCGAUACUGCAUGUCAUCCCCACGCCAUUCCCGCCUACAUGGCACACUAUGGACGAUGAUGCUGAUCAUCUUGAUUCGGCGAGCAUUGGGGAUUGGGCGAAGAUUGUCACCGCUUUUGCUGCCGAAUGGCUUGAGUUGGAUGGAUUCAUGGCUCAGGCAGUCCAUGAGGGAGAGAGGCAGGCAAUCAGGGACAGGACAGAAUUAUGAUAUGUGAACCAACCUAGGACCAAGGUGCUCAAAAUUCUUCAAGAAUCUACACUUUGAUACUCAUCAUGGUAAUGUGAGUGAAUAUAAUAUAAAAUAAUUGUAACGUUAGUUAACUAUAACUAUACUUUUAUUUUAAUAAAAGUGUAACUAUAUAAAGCUAUUUGAAUAGCUAAUAUUACUACUUCUCUUUAUAUAGAUGCUGCAAGUUAUUUCUGUCUGAAGCAGAG